AUGUCUGGAGUAGCAUGUGCCGCUGGUGUGGCCGCGACUGUUCCAGCCUUCCAUGUCAUAGCAGCGACGUCUAGAGCAGCACUGGCCGCCCAUGUGGUCCUCCCUGUUCCAGCUUUCCUUGACAAAGCAGCGACGUCUGGAGCAGCACGAUCCGUCAGUGUGGCCUCUUAUGUUCCUCCCUUCCUCGACAGAGCAGCAACGUCAGGAGCAGCGUGGGCCGCCAGUGUGACCGCAUCUGUUCAAGCCUUCCGCCAAGCCGGUGAAUACGCAUCUGUUCCAGCCUUCCUCGACAAGGCAUUGACUUCUGAAGCAGCACAUGCAACCGGUGUGGCCGUCUCUGUUCCAGCCUUCCUCGACAGGGCAGCGACAUCUGUAGUAGCAUGGGCCACCAAUGUGGCCGCCUCUGUUCCAGCACUCCUCGACGGAACAGCUACGUAUGGAGCAGCAUGGGCCGCCGGUGUCGCCGCCGCUGUUCCAGUGUUCCUCGACAGAGCAGCGACAUCUGGAGCGGCUCGGGCCGCCGUUGUGGCCGCAUCAGUUCCAGCCUUCCUCUUCAGACCUGCAACAUAUGAAGCAACACCGGCAGCCAGUGUGCCUGCCUUUGUUGCAGCCUUCCCCGACAGAGCACCGACGUCUGGAGUAGCACAGGACGCCAAUGUGGACACCUCUGUUCCAACUUCCCUCGACAGAGCAAUGACGUCUGCAGCAGCACGAGCCGCCGGUCUGGCUGCCUCUGUUCGAGCCUUCCUCGACAGAGCAGCGACGUCUGUAGCAGCACGGGCCGCCAUUUUCGUCGUCUCUGUUCCAGCCUUCCUCGACAGAACAGCGACGACUGGAGGAGCAGGGACCGCUAGUGUGUCCCCCUGUGUUCCAGCCUUCCUCGACAGAGCAGCGAUGUCUGGAGCAGACCGGGCCCCCGGUGUGGACGCCUCUGUUUCAGCCCUCCUUGACAGAGCAGCUACGCCUGGAGGACUAAGGGCCGCCAGUGUGGCCGCCACUGUUCCAGCCAUCCUUGACAGAGAAGCGACGUCUGGAGCAGCACGAGCCGCCAUUGUGGCCGCUUCUGUUCCAGCCUUUCUCGACGGAGCACCGACUUGUGGACCAGCACGCGCCGCCAGUGUUGCUACCUCUAUUCCAGCCUUAUUCGACAGAGCAGCGGCGCCUGGAUCAGCACAGGCCGCUAGUGUGGACGCCUGUGUUUCAGCCUUCCUCGUUAGAGCAGUGACGUAUCGAGCCGCACUUUCCUCAUCAGAGGAGUGA